CUCGACCGUUAGUUCUUCGUCAACAAAACACGCUCUCCUCCAAUUCACACUCUCUGCGUCUCUCAACCACAACUACGUUACAGAUCGACAAGCACCACCGAGACGAUGGCCGACGAUUAUGUGUUCACGCCAGAGGAAAUGGCCGUCAACGAGAACCUUGGGUACCCAAAAGCCUACGCUCAGCUCUGCCGUGAUCAGUGUGUCAGUCCCUACAGCCAUGGCCCUCCGUUCAUCUUCACACCAUACGCUCUGGAAGAAGACGAGGCUGCGAGGGCUAGGGAUUUAGAUAUGAUGUUCCCAAUAAUUGACCCGAAAGCGAAGCCAACUGCGAAGCCAAAGAUUUUUAUCAGCAUUUUAUGGAAGCAGCUCAGCCAUUUGGGGAAUGCUGGGUUUGAUCCUGCUGUAAUUCGAGUGGAUCCUUAUGGCAAUGUCCUGUAUUAUCAUGCUGAUUCAGCCUCUCCUCUUGCUUGGGAAAUCGAUCACUGGUUUCCUUGUUCAAGGGGAGGAUUGACUGUUUUGAGCAAUCUGAGGAUAUUGCAGAGGCAAGCCUGCAAGAAGAAGAAGAAUAAGCUGGAAUUCUUAAUUCCAUGGUGGGAUUUCCAGUUGGGUCUUUCUGUGAAUCAAUUCCUCUCCAUUUUUGCUUCUUCAAAUUCAGACUUCAGGCACAGGGCAUUCUCAUAUUUAUUCUCUGAUGGAGAAAAUGAAGAACUGAAUGCUUCUCAAAUAGUGGAUUCUCAUUCUUUUCCGCAGCAUUUCAUUGGAUUGAAAGAAGAAAUUGGGCUUGCCCCAGCUGCAAUAGUGGAAUCUCGAAGGGAAUCUUUUGAUAAAUUUGCUUUGAAGCAACUGGAUUAUAACCGAAAGCCAAGGCCUAUGUCUCCUGCAAUUGUGGCUGCAAGAAAAGGCAAGUGCAAACUCCUAAAAGAAAAUGAAGACCCAGAUUUUGCUAAGAACCCAUACCAGGCCAUUGUGAUGGCCAGAGAUUCCCUGAAGCAAAGAGAAGAAGCUACAAGAAUGCAGGCUGAAUUUCAGAAGCUGGAUGAUGAAGUGAGUGAGACGAGACUCAAGAAUGAGGAGGAGAAGCUCGUAAUUCAAGACCUGGAAUUGGCACUCAUAAAAAGCAGGAGGAAGGCAGAAAAGUGCAGGCGGUUAGCUGAGGCUCAAUCUUCUUACAGAACCAUGCUGGAGAAGAUGAUCAGGGACGCCAUGCACCAGAGUGUCAUCUAUAAGGAACAGGUCAGAUUGAACCUGGCUGCAACUAAUGCACUUAUGGCUAGGUUAGAAGCUCAAAGGGCAAUUUGUGAUAAUGCAGAGAAAGAACUUCACCGCAGGCAUAAACAAAGAGAUGAAAUAGAGAAGCAGAUAAGGCCUGAAUGGGAUCAAGGAAGGAAGAGAAUAAGAAUAGAUGAUGAUUCCAUCUUUGAUGGAGAGAGAGAGAGUAAACCUGUUCUUUGCUUACCUGCAAUCAGGCCAAGGACACCUUUGCACAAGGAGCUUAGAGUAUUUUUGGAGGAGGAACAAAGAGCAUCUGAAGCUGGUUUAUCUGCAAAUGAAGAACAAAAUCAAGAAGAAAAGAAUCAGGAAUUGAAAAUACCAACUGAGAAGCUUGAGGAGCCUAAAAGAUCAAGUGUUGCCUUGGGGGAGGAAAUCUCAAUUGAGCAAAAACUUCAGAAGCUAAAAAUCAAGGAAGGUAAGGAAAGUUGUGAGAGUUCAUUUCCAGUUCUUCAAGAAACAGAAACUGAGGAAAAUGAACAUAUCAGGCAGGAACGUGGCAAAGGGAAUGUGGAGAAGUGGCUUCAAAUUCUUUUAGAGAAUAGCCAAGACAUGGAUCCAUUAGAAACUCAUGGAAAUGAAACUACUGGGACUGAGGAAAUAAUCAGAGAAAUAAAUCAGAGGUACCCACAACAGGAGCUGAAAACCCCAAGAGUUUCAGAAUAUGAAAAUAAAGAACAGCAACAGCAAGUUCCUCAAGACAAGAAUGGUUGGGCAGAUAAAGAAGAUAGAAUAGAAAGUGAAGCUGGUACAAAUGUUAUUCACACAGCAAACACUGAAGAAGAAGCUUGUGUAAGUGAAGAAAAUGGCAAUAAAAGUUUUGAGGAAAUGGAAAGAAGGGAAUGCAAUAAUAGAAAGGGAAAAAAGCUUGCAAGGUCGGAGAGUGCCAGAGCCUUUAGGCGAAUCCCAUCUUCUCCAUCCUUGCUUCUAGGGAUUAGAAAAGGCAAGGAUUGCAUUGGCAAGAGGCUGAAUGUGAGUAGUGAUGAUGAGAAUCAUCACUCUGCAGCAAACAGCUUUAUCAAGAAAGCAGCGAAAAUUUGAUUGACUACAUGGAAAGCCGAAGAGAACAUUCAUGAAAAUUGUUGAUCAAGACCUUUUAGUUAACAACAUUCUAAAAGCUUGGUAAAUGAUAGAGCACAGUAACAUCGUGCAAUUUAUGUGGCCAACCUCACCUAAUAGGAUAAAACUUGUUGUUGUUAUAAACUUGGCUUUAUCUUUUAUAAAUUUUCUAGAAAUUGAGAGUGAUGCUAGUUGAAUAAAUUAUUGUGUUGUAAAAAAUUUAAGGAAAAAAAAACGAGAAUAAGUGUGUAAAAUGGAGGCAUUCAAUUGUUUGAUUUGCGUAUAACUGUUUCAUGUUUAGUGUCAAAUGUGUAAAAACAGCUUGUUUCUCUUUAUUUCUACUUUCCUGCUUUGUUGCGUUGGCCCUUAUAUAGAAG